AUGCGACUGCUUUGCCGAAAUCGGUACUUAAGAAAGAUUCUUUUUGUGCGUUUUAUCAAUAAGAUUCGUUUAAUAUUCGCUGCUCACUCUGUCUCUCUGUCUAUUUUUCUUUCUUUAUACCCCUCUCUCUCUCUCUUUUUCGUUUCACGCUGUCUCUUACGACAUCUAUUAUCGCUGACUUUCUCAUCUAGCAUCAAGUCCACACCAUUAUCUAUCUAUCUCAGUCUCCUCAAUAUCUAUCUAUCUAUCUAUCUAUCUAUCUAUCUAUCUAUCUAUCUAUCUAUCUAUCUAUCUGAGUCUGUUCAAUAUCUGUCUAUCUAUCCAUCUAUCUAUCUCUGUCUGCUCAAUAUCUAUCUAUCUAUCUAUCUAUCUAUCUAUCUAUCUAUCUAUCUAUCUAUCUAUCUAUCUAUCUAUCUUCAUCUGCUCAAUAUCUAUCUAUCUAUCUAUCUAUCUCAGUCUGCUCAAUAUCUAUCUAUCUAUCUAUCUAUCUAUCUAUCUAUCUAUCUAUCUCAGUCUGCUCAAUAUCUAUCUAUCUAUCUAUCUAUCUAUCUAUCUAUCUAUCUCAGUCUGCUUAAUAUCUAUCUAUCUAUCUCAGUCUGCUCAAUAUUCAUCUAUCUAUCUAUCUAUCUAUCUGAGUCUGUUCAAUAUCUGUCUAUUCAUCCAUCUAUCUAUCUCUGUCUGCUCAAUAUUUAUCUAUCUAUCUAUCUAUCUAUCUAUCUAUCUAUCUAUCUAUCUAUCUCAUCUGCUCAAAUAUCUAUCUAUCUAUCUAUUCAUCUAUCUAUCUAUCUAUCUAUCUAUCUAUCUCAGUCUGCUCAAUAUCUAUCUAUCUAUCUAUCUAUCUAUCUAUCUAUCUAUCUCCCUUUUUCUGUUUCCCUUUCUCUCACCUGCCCUUUCUCUUUCUAUUCACCGUUCCUUUCACUUUAUUUAUCUCUUACCCUUUUGCGCUCGUUUUCUAUCUUCGCUUUGUUCACAUUUCUCUCUCUCCCUCUCCCUCUCCCUCUAUCGAUUUUUCGCUUUCAUCUUCUCUCUCUCUCUCUCUCUCUCUCUCUCUCUCUUUCAUUUUCUCUCUCUGUUCAUUUAAUUUUUCAAUCUUCCUUUCCUUUCUUUUUCACUGUCCCUCCCUCCCUCCCUAUCUCUCUCACGCCUUCCCUUUCACUUUCAAACUUUCUCCCUUUUUCUCUUUCAAUCUAUAUUUCUCACUCUACCACGCACAUACAUUUCUCACACACACACACGAAAACAGAGAGAGAGAGGGAGAGAGAGGGUAUGUGUGUGUGA